UCUCAACAAGCACACAACAACCAACACCAAACAGAAAAAUAAAUAAAAUCAAAAAAAUACUUACAGAGUUGUGCUUCGCUGGUGCGUUUAACAGUCGCAAAGUGAACUCUUACACGGUGUCGAUGUGGAUGUGCCGGUGCGAAUUCUCCUCCUAGCAGUUCCUCCGCUCCUCUUGCGACCUGCGCGCACUACGGCCGCACGGAAAGAAGCGCGCAGCGCGAGAAGAAGAGACGACGGCUUUGUUCGUUUGUUCACCGGCGACGACCGACGAUGGCGGCCGCCGCGAGGACGUCUUUCGCGCUCUAUGCGCUCCUGAUCGUGUGCGUUGAGGCUGCGGUUGCGCAGUUUAUUGGACAGCAAUCGAUUCUGUUUCAGCAACCAUUUAACGAUCUGCGACGCCCUCUGUCGACGCAACAGCAAGGUCACAUAUUGAGUGACAUUCAACACAGAUUCAAUGUCCAACAGCAGCAACAACAACCACUGCAACCCUUGCAGCAAUUCCAACAACAAUUCCAACAACAACAGGUUCAGUUCCCGCAACAGUUCCAACAACAACCGCAACUGCCACAGCAAUUCCUGCAACCUACUCAACAACCGGUGCCUCAGCAGUUUCUGCAACCCACUGUACAACCUACAUCGAUACCAUUCCAACAACAGCAAUCGCAAGUGUCCAGUCCUAAUAGGAAUGUACAACAUCAUAUACAACAUCAUACCCAGACGAGUUUCACGCCGAAUUUCCAACAGCAAGCACAACAACUUCCACAGACUCAGUCUACAGCAUUACCCACAGUGGGUGACGCCAUUUUUAAUGCCGGAAUUCAUCAGAAUACAGCGCAGAUUGAUCCAGAGAAGCAAAAACAACGUUUGAAGGAAUUAAAAGAAAAACAGGCGAUUAUCGAUAAACAUAAUCAAUUCGUAGAGAAACAAUAUGAGAAAGCUCUGAAGAAAGCCCAGCAAGAUCAUUCUGAGUUCCUGGACACACAAAAAGAACACAAGAAGAAGUUGUACCAGAAUCUGUACAAAGGCGAGAGUCAAUAUGAUUCAAUUCGAUACACACAAACAAAUCCCAGGUAUAUUUACCCAGAAGAAACUGAAUUGUUCAAAUUGGCGGUUAAGAAAUACUACGAGGAACAUCCCACUACCACUACAACAACCACAACAACACCUAAACCCACUACAACAACUGAAAAACCACGAAUUAAACAAAAAACAGGCAAAACUUUAGAAGAUCACGAAUUGUAUUUAUCAUCAUCUCAUUCAAAACUCUACAGUCAGAUUAAAUCAGCUACAGAUAAGGAUUCAGCCAGUACACAGACCAAGAUACAAUUUUUACCUACUGCAAUUCCAACUAAAAAGAUUCAGAAUAUUCAGGACCUCAGCGAAUUGCAGAAACAAUACAAAAAUCAACAAAUUAAAAAAGAUGAUUUAUUAGCACAGUUGAGACUUGCAAUUGGUGAGAAUGCUGAUGAUGAGUUAUCGAAAAACAUAACCUCAAGAGAGAUAUCCUUACCAAAUGGACAACGUGUACAGAUCAUUCGUACUUCUGAUCCGAAAUCUAUCCCGGGAGCUAAGCCAUUGGACUUAAACUCACCUGAUUUCGCUAAGUUUUUGGUCCCGACCACAACAGGUAAACCACCAAAAGCUAUCCUGGAAGAACUUACCAAAGGUGUAAUCCCACCGGGAGCUGAUUUUGAAUUGUUGAAACACGGAACUUCCGGUUUGGAGCAAAUCGGAGGUUUACCACAGAACAUCCCUAAUCAAAAGAAAGUCACAUUUGUUCUUCUUGAAGAACAAAACGAUGGCAGUUUUAAAGUGCAAGGUGUAAAGGGCAAUUCAAACGGGAAAGAAAAAACGGAAGUUGAUGUAGAUUCUAUUCUCAAGAAGAUCAAAGAUGGCGAAAUUAAACUCCCACCAAAUACAAAACUACAAACUAAUGAUGUAGAUUCAACUUCAGAACCAAUUACAAAAACAACUCAACAGGUUACUAUCAACUACGAACCGGAAAUCACUGUGCAACCAAAUGUUGUAUCAACUUUUAAUAACAACAAUGAAGGUUUGACAAGCACGCCGAUUUUACGAACGAAUAUUGGCACGCAUUUUGUUGCCAGCACAACACCAAUUCCAACAACUUAUUAUACCAAUAAUAAUCCAGUGAGGAAUACCACUCCAAGAUCAGUAGACAACAGCCCAUCACCUAAAAACGUCCAAGACUUUGAACCAUUGCGUUUGAGUUCAAGUGGAGAUAUAAUCAGACAAACCACUAAUGAUUUAUUCAGUUUGAGCCCAAAACCGACGAAUCCUAGUUAUGUCAGCCAGACACCAGGGGUCACCAUCUACCAAACACCUUCCACAUCAGCUCCUUUUGUUGGUUCAUUCGCCCCAAAACAGGAAGUCAUUGAUAACUUCGAUGAUCCGAAGUAUAAUGAACUUCCAGAGGUUUUAAAACGUAAUGGUCUCUUUGCAAUGGCCAGAUUCUUAAGACAAUCUGGUUUGGAUACCAUUUUGAAUGAAACAGGACCUUACACUGUUUUUGCUCCGACUGAUAAAGCAUUUAGGACAUUGUUGGUGCAACUUGGUGGACCCGAGAAAGCCGAGGAUAAAUUCAAAGAAAACCCAAGACUUUUAAGUGGUUUGCUGUUGCACCACGUAAUCCCCGGCGCGUUUAAGAUCGAAACACUGCAAGACGAAAUGACCGGCGUUUCAUUGGCGGGCACGCAGUUGCGCGUGAAUCAGUACAACAUGCACGACCUAGAAUGGAACGAUAUUAAGAUUACAACAAUCAACGGUGCUAAGGUCAUGGAUGACAAGAAAGACAUCGAAAUACCUCAGGGGAUUGCACACGCCGUGGAUCGCGUGAUGUUCCCACUGCCAGUCGGGGACAUCGUGCAGACUCUGCAAUCGGAUCGGGAGCGACGUUUCACAAGCUUCUUGAGAGCGCUCUUUGCCUCUGGUCUUGCUGAAACACUUCAAGGAACAAAGACUUUCACGUUGUUUGCACCGACAGACAAAGCUUUUGUCGGGUUAACAAGUGAAGAACUAACACGUACGGUCAGUGAUCGUGUCCUCGCACGUGAAUUAGUAAUGCGUCACCUUGCACCCGGUACCCUCUACACCAACGGCAUGAGAUACUAUCAAAUCAGGGACAGUCUGGAAGCGAAUCGACAGAUUACGCUCAGCAAAAGUUCAGGUCGUGUUAAAGUAAACAACAGUCCAAUCAUCACGCAGAAUAUCCCAGCGACAAAUGGUGUCAUACAUGCGUUAGACAGCCUUUUGUGAUUCUUCAUCGUCCUCAAGCUCAACACUUUCUUUUAUCAUUUACCAUUACGUCGUAAUAUCCGCCAUCUUGUCGAUUUUUUCCAUGCGAUCUGCAAUUACUUUCAAUUACAUAAAUUAUCAUUCGUUUCCGAUCUUCUUUCUCUUGAAGAUAAUUGCAUCCAAUUGCAACGAUUCGAAAGAAAUUGUAUGCAAACGCCAUUACGUCUUCUCUCGCAUUUCACACAUUAAUUUAUCAUUUCUGCAAAGUGCUAGAAACCUCUUAACUCGUGCAAUUCAAAGCGUAGAUUUUAUUGUGGGCUAAUAAUUGUAACGAUAAGUUGUAUAUAUAAAUAAUAAUAUUAAUGAUUAUAAGACAUAGAAGUUAUAUCGAUAACUCGUUUUUUAAAUGUAUUAUUGAAAUGACAAAUAAUAUAUAUGAGUGUAAUAUUUUUAUCUCUACCAAAUCGGAUGUGUUUGUUAUUUAUAUUGAAAUACAUGAUAAUGAAUA